UACCUGUCGCCCGAUCGGAGACGAAGAGCGAUUGGAGAAACAGAGAGGUUACCACCUACGUGCGUGCUACCGGACAGGCGUCGCCGCCGCUACCACCAUGUCUUUCACCGGCACGCAGGACAAGUGCACGGCGUGCGACAAGACGGUCCACUUCAUCGACCUCCUCACGGCUGACGGCGUCAUCUACCACAAGACCUGCUUCAAAUGCAGCCACUGCAAGGGGAUCCUCUCGAUGUGCAGCUAUUCUUCCAUGGACGGCGUCCUCUACUGCAAGACGCACUUCGAGCAGCUCUUCAAGGAGACAGGGAGCUUCUCCAAGAAGUUCACACCGGGUAACAGAUCAUGCGACAAGGAACUGUCAAGGGCCCCAAGCAAGCUAUCUUCUAUCUUCUCUGGCACUCAGGAUAAAUGCACAGCUUGCCAGAAAACAGUGUACCCACUUGAAAAGAUGACUUUGGAGGGCGAGGCGUACCACAAGGGCUGCUUCAAGUGCUCACACGGGGGUUGCAUCCUAACCACCUCGUCUUACGCAGCGCUGAAUGGCGUAUUGUACUGCAAGAUCCAUUUCGGACAACUCUUCAUGGAGAAAGGAAGCUACAGCCACAUGAAAAAGAAGAGCAGCUCCCAUGAGGUCUUGCCUGACCUGGUGGCUGAAGAGCAACCGGCGGCUCCCGAAGCACCGGCGCAAGAUGGAGAAUAGAGAUGAAAAGUAGGAAAACACGAAGCUUAUAUACACAAGUAUACAACACAGCCCGGAGUUCCUGUUUCUUACUUUUACAUCGCUGUCUUUACCCCGUCUUAUUUUUUGGUUCCCCCGAGAGCUUGGUUUGUCAAGCUGUAAGUAUUGUACUAAUAUACUAAUACCUUCCUUUCA